GUAGCACACAUAUCACAGCGACAGCCAACGGCAGCGAGCCUACAAACAACCUCUUGGUUCCUUCAGAUGAUGCACAAAACCUGGAACAUGAAAUCACAGCGGCUCAAAAUAGUCUUUGUGGCAUUUCCUCGCGGCUGGAAACGCUGCUGGUCGGCCCCAGUAGUUUUAUACGUUCAAUGGCGAUGCAGAAUCAGCUUCUGGCCUGUCUGAAGUGGAUGGGCGAGUACCAAAUCAUCGCCUACAUACCUUUGGACGACACCAUCUCGCUCGAAGAGCUUGCCAAUCUAGCGGAUGUUCCCGAGCAUACACUGAGCCGAGUGGUGAGGAUGACUGCAACCGCAGGCUUCUUACAUGAGCCCCAGCUGGGCCAUGUUGCGCACACGUCGUUGUCGCUAUCUUUUACGACCGAACUGUCACACUUUGACGCUGCCAUGUUCCUAGCCAACAAAGUCGCUCCCGCGUCCCUGGAUCCCGCCUUCUUCUCCCACGAUCAAUACGGCACGGGCCUGUCUCCGCAAACACGGCCAACAUUCGAAAUGCUCUCUCAGGAACCGCAAUUCAGCCGCCAAUGGCAGGCAUACCGUCACAAUAUGGGCAGCGCAAGAAGCCAGCUGGCAUACCUGUCCAGUCUGCUCAAUUGGCAUAGCCUCGGAGAUGCAUCAGUUGUAGAGAUUUGUGAUAAUGCCACUACCUUAGCGCACCAGAUUGCACAAACGUCGCCGCAGCUUCGAGUUACGGUGCAGACUUAUGACUUUACGCCCACGGAUACAGGCCUAUCUGGCCUAGGCAACGGCGAGAAGGAUUCCUAUGGAGCUCGAAUCGCACUUUGGCAUAUUAAGGACUAAGCCGACGGCAUUGCUGAUACUCGCGCCGGCCAUGCUGCCUGAACCGAGAUCGGUGCCAGGCAAUGUCGAAGUGCAGGCACGGCUGCUUGAUUUGGCAGAUACGCAUUUCACCGGAAAGGGGGCGGUUGAGGUCGCAGAGCUGUGUAAAUUAGCAGAGAGCGUCUACGAUGCGCAUGGAGGACUAGUGGUCAAGAAUCGCCUACGGUCGCCCGACGGGUCCACCAUUGCCCUAGCCGUCAAAUAUCAAGCCUUU